CUAUCAGCUGUCAUUGUCAAGAUAGUGUGAGAAAUGAGAAUUACGAUGUUGUUUACGUUAAUCGGAUUAUCGUAGUUUUUUUUGUAAACCGCAGUUCUAAAGUCCUCGGCAGUGAGUAAAGUUGUUUAGCAAGAUAUAAAAAUUAAAAAAAACAUGGCAAAGGACCAAGGAGUCGACGAGCAAUUAAGGUUGUAUUUACCAGACCUGCCUAAAGGUCCUUUGGAUCAUUACCGGAAAAAGGCAACUUUUGAUUGGCGACGCAUGAAAUUAGCUUAUGACAACUUGAACACAUUAAAAUUGAAACAUGAUAUUUGGAGUUUCAUGGAAAGUCAUCCGCUGUUCAAACAUACUGAAGCAACACAAGUCUUGGAUGAUGAGAGGCAUAUUGCCACAAAGAGGAUGUACACAAUCUAUAAUGAACAGUUCUUGCGCUUUGAAAAGAUCGCCGAGGACCCGAAGACAUUCCAAGCGGAAAGCGAAGCAUUGUUCAUGUUCGACAGUUCCCUAGCCGUGAAAGUCUCCCUAACCUUCAGGAUGUUCAGCAAUGCUAUCCAGGGUAAUGGAAAGGGCCACCACUACCCCAUCAUUGAAGACGUGGAGAAAGCCAAGAUUGGAGGUUGCUUCGCUCUAACUGAGGUAUCACAUGGAUCCAAUGCCAAAGGGAUGAGGACCACAGCCACUUACAUUCCUGAGAAGAGGCAGUUUGUCAUGCACAGUGCUGACUUCGAGGCUGCAAAGUGCUGGGUCGGGUCACUAGGAAAAUGUGCAACUCACGCAAUUGUUUACGCCAUGUUAAUAUCUAAAGGGAAGAACCAUGGUCUCCAUACUUUCGUCGUACCUAUCAGAGACCCCAAAACCUUGAAACCUUUCCCUGGAGUCAUUGUGGGAGACCUCGGCGAGAAAAUCGGCCUCAAUGGAGUCGAUAAUGGUUUCGUCAUGUUCAAUAACUACCACCUGCCAAAGGAGGCGGCGUUGGACAAGUUGGGUGGAGUAGACGACAAUGGAGAUUACAAGACACCUUUCAGGGACCCUAACAAGAGGUUCGGAGCAGCCCUUGGAAUCCUAUCAGGUGGGCGAGUUCACAUCACUUCUAUAUCCACGUACUACCUGCAGAAGGCUAUCGUCAUAGCCAUCAGGUAUUCAGCAGUGAGGAAGCAGUUUGGCCCUGAGAAUGCUCAGGAGGAGACGCCAGUCUUAGAAUACCAGCAACAACAAAUCCGUCUCCUGCCGUACUUGGCAGCCACGUAUGCUAUGAAGAUAUUCUCCGUGUGGCUCAGUUGUCUGCACAUCAACAUGACCAUCAACAGCUUUGUCGGUGAGGACCCGCAGGCGGCGGCCCGCGGUAUAGAGUUGCACGCGCUGUCGUCGGCUGUGAAGCCAUUGUUCGGCUGGACCUCGCGGGAUGGCAUACAGAACUGUAGGGAGGCCUGCGGGGGACAUGGAUACUUGAAAGCGGCAGCUAUCGGCGACCUGCGCAAUGACAACGACGCCAACUGCACGUACGAGGGGGAGAACAGCCUCCUGCUGCAGCAGGCCAGCAACUGGCUGCUCAACGUCUGGGGGAGGAGGGGGGGACUCACGCCCGAAGACUCUCCUCUCGGCUCACUCCACUUCCUACAAAACGUGGACCAGCUACUCCAGGAAAAAUGCCCCUGGAAGACUGUCCAGGAGUUUAUGGAGCCAGCUAAUUUGAUCCACGCAUACAAAUGGCUGACGGCGUUCACGCUGAAGAUGACGGCGGAGAAGGUGGCGCUACUGAAGGGCCAGGGCAAAGACAACUUCUCAGCCAAGAAUGAAUCGCAGUCCUACAAUGCGGUCACUCUGUCUGUUGUCUACGGAGAGAACUACGUACUGAACAACUUCUAUAAAGCUGCGCAGGAGUUUGAGGACGCUCAGUGUCGCGCUGUGCUACUGAAACUAGUCGCUUUGUAUGGAGCCUUCCUCUUGGAGAAACACUUGGCGACGCUCUACAUUGGCGGUUACCUGUGUGGAGAGCAAGGCUUGUGUCUCCGCGACGGGAUCCUCCAGUUGUGUGGCGCGCUGAGUCCCGAGGCCAUCGCGCUCGUCGACUCCCUGGCGCCGCCAGACUUCUGCAUCAAGUCCAUACUAGGCAUGUCCGAUGGAGAAGCGUACAAACACCUCCAGUCCAGUGUGAUGACGUACCCGGGGUCAAUGACCCGGCCCGAGUGGUGGCGCGACGUCGUGUACUGGCAGUCCUACGCACCCUCCAAGCUGUAGUCUACCAUAUACACUACGCAAUAAAUACAAGAAUCAACUGUGCAUAAUCAAUUCAGUCACAAUUUUUUUAUAAUUAUGUUUUUGGUGUAAGUUAUAUAAUAAUGUAAAAUCAUAAUUUUGAAGAAAAAACAUUUUUGAUGUUAAACCUUUAUGAUCAUAAUAAUAUGAUGUUCAGAAUAAUUUGUCAAAGAAAACUUGGUUUACAGCAGUUUUAAUAAGGCUGAUUUUUCGACCAGUGCCUUUAGCCAAACGCCACUUUAGCGCUUGUCUACAGUGAGAGUAGAAAUGAAUCAUACGUCAAUUCCAUAAUAAUAUAAUUUGGUUUUCUAUUCUACAUGUAGACAAGCUCUGAAUGGCAUUUGGCUACCGCUGCUGUUGAGAAAUGUUCUAACAAACGACGCAAAGGGGGCGUUAUUUAAAAAAAGAAUUUGUCUAAGGAUUGUUGAAGGAAGACUACUUUAUAUGUAAGUCAUCAAAUUCUACAAAUGCUUUUGAAAAUGUGAUAUAUGAUAUGUUGCUGUACCACGGUAUACAAUAUCGAAAUAGCAUUCUUUUGAUUGCCUCGUCGGCCGAGUGGUCGCAAGUGCGACUGCUGGGCAAGGGGUCUCGAGUUCGAAUCCCGGGACGGGCAAAG